CCGGAAGAUUUACCUUUAUCCUGACACGUAGCAGCCGCAACCAAGUUGGCAGUGUUCUGGGUAGAUUUGUCAAACAUCACAGAGUGAGAGAUGUCGGGGUUUGACAACUUCAACACAGACUUUUACCAGUCAAGCUACAGUGUAGAUGACCAAAGCCAGGCUGGCUAUGGCUACAGCAACACUGAAAACCCAUACAACAAGCCAUACGGUCAAUAUGACUACUCCCAGCCCAUGGCCUACUCUUCCCCAGGGGUGAUGCAGCCUCAGCAGCCAUACACAGGACAAAUCUUCCAGCCCACACAGACCUACACCCCAUCCCCAUCACAAUCCAUGUAUAGUAGCAGCUUUGAUGAUGAGCCACCACUGCUAGAAGAAUUAGGAAUCAACUUUGACCACAUCUGGCAGAAGACUCUGACCGUGCUCCAUCCGAUGAAAGCAGCAGACGGCAGCAUCAUGAAUGAGACAGACCUGGCUGGCCCUAUGGUCUUCUGUUUGGCCUUCGGCGCAACACUCCUCCUGUCAGGUAAGAUCCAGUUUGGCUAUGUAUAUGGUAUCAGUGCAAUUGGAUGCCUUGGGAUGUACUGCCUUCUCAACCUUAUGAGUAUGACGGGUGUCUCCUUCGGCUGUGUGGCCAGCGUGCUGGGAUACUGCCUCCUCCCCAUGAUCCUCCUCUCCAGCUUUGGAGUCGUCUUCUCUUUACAGGGCAUGAUGGGAAUUAUACUAACAGCAGCAAUCAUUGGCUGGUGCAGCUUCUCAGCCUCAAAGAUCUUCAUCUCAGCGUUGGCCAUGGAUGGGCAGCAGCUGUUGGUUGCUUACCCCUGCGCUCUCCUAUAUGGGGUCUUUGCACUCAUCUCCGUCUUCUAAAAAAAAUCAUUGAGUAACAGUUUAAAAUACUGCUCUCCAAUUUCUGUAAUAUCAGUCUAAUUAGUGUCAGUGUAAUAAGUGUAAUUAUUGGCUAUUUACACUGUUAUUACAGAAAAAUUGGAGCUGCUGUCUUAAAUGGCACCAAGGUUUUUUUUUUCUUUUUUUUUUUCUUUUGAGCCUCCACUCUCACAACGUUCCGACUUGACCGUCUGCAGGUUGGAUUGAAUAGUCUCACUCAUGUCUACUCCCCCCCUUGCUCCCUUCAUGCGUCUUAAAGGAGAUAGCUGUCAAAUAAACCUGGUGACAAACAACUCUCCUGUGGACAGCGUUGGGCCUUAAACAGCCUAGUACAGUCCUAUGAUUUUAAGAAAAUGAAGGGGAAGGAAGUGAGCAAGUAGUUCACACAAUGGAAACCCAAGGAGACACUUCAAUUUGGACAAAGAUGGGAAAAGGUUCUCAGUUUCCAAGACGGACCGAUAACCAACGCUCAGCAAACCCUGCAGGUUCAUUUGGAGCCAGUGGAAACGUCUCAAAUCAAGAUUUUUGCAAAAAGCUGUUGUGAGCCAUAUCUGGCAAGCAUCCAUAGAUUCUACAACUGCUAGACUAAGGGGGACACCCACUUUCAUUCUGCGCAAGACUACAGAAGCUCAUUCUACACCUCCACCCAGAAAAGGGUGGAAUAAAAAAAACGGGUGUCUCCUCCUCCAUAUUUUUUCUUUUCUCCAGGACUGAGGAGCCAUGAACCCAUCAUCUGCUCAUCACAGAAGUGAUCUGAUCUUUGAUGUAGAAUCAGCAGCUCUCCUAUAUCUUCUCAUUAUUUUAUUAUAUUCUCUUGAGAUUCAUUCAAGUUUUGAUGCCUUUCAAGAAGACAGAAGUACAGAUUGCACAUGAACGUUGUUCUAAUUUUCAAAACCAAACACAUUUUGAUUAGAUAUUGAGAAUGAAUAGUUUGAGAGAUACUGUAUGUGUCUGGUUACAGACAUAUAGGAUGUUGCUAUAGUUUGCAUCCCUUGCAUUUCUUAAAUCUUUAUUUUAGAGUCAGCUCACUUUGUAUGCUUUGAUGUGUCAUCUGUUGUUCAUGUCUUCUCAUGCACAUUAAAGUUGUUUGAAGGUUAUCUGCCUUUUGAUAUUCAA